CCACAAUGGGGUUUCUCCAUCCGAUCUUAUUCGGAGUUUUUCUCUUAUUCACCGCUACACCACCGUCCUUCUCUCAGCCCCCUCCUGAGAUAGACCCUCCGGCGCCGGCGCCGGUAUCACCGGCAGACCUCUGCAACGAAAUAUUCCUCUCUUAUACAUACAUCGACGGUCGUCAGAUCCCUCCAAACGACACAACCAAUCAGCCGUAUCGGUUCGAGUCAGUCCUAACGGUUCUCAACAACGGCCGUGAAGAGCUCAAAGAGUGGAGAGUGUUCGUUGGUUUCCAACAUCACGAGAUCCUUACUUCCGCCACUAAUGUGAUCAUCGUCAACGGAUCAGAUCUUCCUGCUCCGGUUGGAAACGGUACCAUCUUCGCUGGCUAUCCUGUUUCUGACCUCAAAACGGCUAUUCAAACGGCUGGAGACUUAAAGCAGAUGACGGCUACGAUUGAGCUCGUAGGGACUCAAUUCAUGGUGGCUCCUCCGGCCAUUCCAAUGCCAUCCAACAUAUCGCUUGUUAACGAUGGUUGGAGCUGUCCUGAGCCUAAGCCUACUCCUUUUGAUGAAAGAGAGAUAUCAACGUGCUGCAUAAGAGACCCGAACAUUGAAGUCAACACAACAACCAUCACGGACAAGUUCCUUCCACGACAACCCGGAGACUUGACCAUAAUGUACGACGUGAUCCGAUCCUACGACCAGAACUACCUAGCUGAAGUAAAAAUGGAGAACCACAAUCCACUAGGCCGGCUCGACCAUUGGGAACUAAGUUUCGACUGGAUGCGAGAAGAGUUCAUACAAAAAAUGCAAGGAGCAUAUCCAACGGUCGUGGACGCCACAAAAUGCAUCUUCGGUCCACAGGCCCAGAUCUACACAGGACUUGAUUUCGCUGACAUUCUCACCUGUGAGAGACGUCCCAUCAUCGUGGACUUACCUCCAACCAAAAAAGACGACCCGGUUCUAGGUAAAAUCCCUUCUUGUUGUAGAAAUGGUACCAUCUUACCACGUAUCAUGGACCCAUCAAAAUCAGCAUCAGUUUUCACAAUGCAAGUCUCCAAAAUGCCUCCUGAUUUUAACCGUUCCGCGCUAUUCCCGCCUCAAAACUGGAGGAUCAAAGGGACGCUUAACCCGGAUUACUCAUGCGGGCCACCCGUUCGGGUCAGCCCGAGUUUAUAUCCGGAUCCGAGUGGUAUGCCCACUAACAAAACGUCUGUCGCCAGCUGGCAAAUAGUAUGCAACAUCACACAGGCAAAAACGGAAACACCUAAAUGCUGUGUGUCCUACUCAGCUUUCUUUAAUGAUUCAAUCAUCCCUUGUAAAACAUGCGCUUGCGGUUGCGCUAAGGAGACGCGGCGCACAUGCAGCGCCGAGACUCCCGCGUUACUCAUCCCUCCAGACGCUCUUCUCGUACCUUUUGAGAACAGAACAUCUCUCACAGUUGCGUGGAACGCACUCAAACACAAAAACAUCCCUAAUCCAAUGCCGUGCGGCGACAACUGCGGCGUCUCGAUAAACUGGCACUUGGCGACUGACUACAGAGGUGGCUGGACCGCGAGGAUCACAAUUUUCAACUGGGGAGAAAUAGAUUUCCCUGACUGGUUUUUAGCGGUUCAGAUGAAGAAACCAGCCAUUCGUGGAUUCGAGAAGGCUUAUUCGUUCAACGCGAGUCUCUUGAGUGUAGACGGAGGUGUCAACAACACCAUGUUCAUGGAAGGUCUUCCAGGUUUGGAGUAUCUUGUAGCAGAACGUGAUGAGUUAGAUCCCAAAAAGAAUCUUAGGGUUCCUGGUAAGCAACAGUCAGUGAUACAGUUCAGCAAGAAACUAACGCCGGGGAUUAACGUGGCAGAACGUGACGGCUUUCCAGCAAAAGUUAUAUUCAAUGGUGAAGAAUGUUUGCUUCCUGAUGUGGUUCCGAUUGCAAGUGGUGGGAGAAGAAACAUGUUUAAUACUAUGGUUUUGUUUUGUAUUGUCAUUUUUGUUGUGGUGUUUGUAAUUUAAUUGUACUCUUUCUAGGGUUUUAUAUAAUGUGAUUUUCUUGAUUGGUUGGUUAGUUUGUUUUGUAAAAUAAAAUUGAUGUUUUACUCAAUGUGGCUUCCGUGUUUGGAAUAUAAAUAUUGUAGAUUUUAAGUUUUGCUGCUUUAU